ACCGAUGUGCCUUAUUUUUGGUUGAAAUAGGCGGAACAACUUCUCAAAGCUGCAGGUAAACUAAACCCGUGCCUCGGGUUGGACAGAGUAGCAUCCACGACUGAAAGCUGCUGCUGCUGACGUGUGGACUAGCAGUAGCAUAUAUUAUGCAUGAAGAUGAGCUGUUGAACCGCAAUAUCGUUGUACUUCCAGGUAACUUGUGUGUGUGUUGAAGUUCCUCAUUUGUGCUCAGACGCCCAGCAUGGCAGUGCAAUGUGUUUUCCACUUGAUGCAAGCCUUUUUUGUCCUGCUACUCUGCUUAUCUGAAGCCUCAGAGUUUAGAAGAAAUUACUAUGAUACUCUCAAUGUUGAGACCACAGCCACUGACAGACAGAUAAAGAAGGCUUUCCGCCAUCUGGCUGUAAAAUACCACCCUGAUAAGAACAAGAGUACCGACGCAGAGAAGACUUUCAGAGAGAUUGCUGAAGCCUACACGGUGCUCUCCAACAAGGAGAAGAGGAGGCUGUAUGACCGUGUGGGCCACGAGGCUUUCCUAAAAGAGGAGGCUUCUGUUGACCCUGAGGAUGAAGAUGAAUCAAGCUUCCACUUUCAUUUUGAAGACCUCUUCCAUGACUUCAAUGAUAGUCCUUUUGUGGAGGAAUCAAACUUCCAAUGGAGCUUUCAUCAGGAUGUGGAGGAAGAGGAUGGUCCAUAUGAACAAUACAGUUUUGAAGGGCCUGGCUUCAACUUUUAUUUUGGAGAUGAUGAUGAAAAUGAAGACUUUUACUACUAGAUUUCCCAUAUUUUAAUCCUGUAUUCUGUAUGACUGUUUUAAUGUGUUGUCUUUUAGUGAUACCAAAGUCUUCUUAUUAAAUUGUUACGUCAGUA